AUGGAGCCGGAGGAUGUCGUGCCGUUGCCUACUGAAGACGACUUUAUCGACGAUGAGGAUGCCUUACCGGUAGCUGGUUGUGUGCCGGUAGCUCACGAGAAGCGCACCCAGCGGCUGAACCCGGAGUGGUUUAGGCGUGCUAUGGAGAAAUGGCCGGGGGUGGUCAUCAACCUAUUUGUCAAUCGCUAUAAUGCACAGUUGCCGGAUUAUGCAUCCGAUGAGCCGAGAGUUGGUACCUGGGGGGGGAACCCUUUUUACGGUCCCUUUGGAUGUCAUUUUUGGAUAUGCUUGUCCGCCAUGGCAUUUAGUUCUGCGGUUCUUGUCGUAUCUUAA